AGCACGUGUAGCUUAAGGGAGUCACUAGGGCUCGCUCGGCCUCGGCUAGGUAUGGCGCCCGACGCACGGGAUAAUCUCGGGGAUGUCGUGGGGGUGUGGAGUGACCGCAACCAGUCCGUGUACGUGGUGGAGCGCAACCCUGAUGGAUGGAGCUGCUCGGUGCAGACGACCAGGAAGUCUGGGGAGAAGCGCUUCACGAAGGGCCUCAUCCGCGCGUCGCAGGGGCGCGUGAAUUGGGGGCAAAACUACAUGUUGGACGGGGACCGCACGACCUAUUCGACGCUGCACUGGGUGCACCUGAACGGGGGCCGGCACUUCGAGUGGCUGCGGAGCGCCGCCGACGCAGCGCCGUUCUGCCGCGCGGCAAGCAUCACGCAGGACCGUGCGGCUUCGCUAUCGGGAGCGUGCCGCCGAUGGCGAAGGCGACGUGUCGCCGAUUCCAGCUCGAUGGUUCCCUCCCUGAGCUGGUCUCAAGUCGGGCCGGUCCCUCUACAGGAGGAAAAUUCAAAAACGUUCCCUCCCUGAGCUGGUCUCA